AUGACAUUCUAUAGCUUACUGCUGAAUAAGGCGGGUGUGUUGGGGCCGCGGGACAUUGAGGCCGCCAUCAUGGACACGGCCGGCGAUGCAGGGCGCGCGCUAGCCUGGUACCCCGGGUUGUUGAUGGCAUGGCGGUUUGAUAAGGCGGAUACAUUCUUCCGGGAUAAUCAGCUUCCAGCAUACUACGGCAAAAUCGACUCCAUCCGGUCCGUUGUCUGCAGUUUCUCCUCCGCAGCUGUACGGCCGUGUGCCGCGUGUCUGGCCCUCAACAGAAAUCACCAAUUGAAGCGUUCAGCCGACGCUGCUUCACUGCGAGUCGCUGCGACACAGCGAGUCGCGACAGACCCAAGUGUCAUUGUCCCCUUCCGUUCUGCCGAGGGACUUGAGCGUGCGGGACACGUUGAGCUCUUUGAGCGGCUCAAGGUGGUCACAUCCACAUUGAUCACCGAGCGGGCAGAUCGAAUAGCGCUGGACAGGGAGAUUAAGCGGUGGACAUCCCUUUUCCAGGCUGAUAGAGUGAGGCUACAGGCAUACGCUCGGGCAGAUGCAUCACGCAGUGAACUCAUCCGACUGCUCGAAACAUCACAACAACGAGGUAUGAUGCAGUGUCGGCAUGUGUGCCAGCUCAUCAACCCCCGGAAGAUGAUGAUGAUCGGGCCAUACCUCAUCAGCUUCCCUGCACUGUGCACGCUGAGCAAGCACAUGCCCCAUGUCAACAUCUCGUCACAGGAUCUCAACUACAAGGACAAACAGAACCAGCGCGCCACUCUCAAGGAGGCUCUAUCCAACCUGGAAUUAGGUACAGACUGGUUUGUGGCUGACUUACCGCCAUUCACUGACAGACAGCACUAUGUUAGCAAUGUUAUCGUACAGCUCACCGAGAUGCUGCCGUACCGCAUCGAGCAGAUGCAGCCGCCGAGAAUCCACCGGCCGGCCCCUCCUUCGCCUGCUGCUGCUGCUGCUGCUGCGCUGGGUCCCCUUGCUGGCGUGUUGGUGGGUGUUGAGGGCGGCACCUGGUACCUGGACGAAAUGGAUGUGUCGUCCUCCCGGACACACCACAUGGACAGGUUCGUGUGCCGGCGGCAGCUGGGCAGUCGGGCCGGUGUUAGAAUACAACUUGUUUUGUUUGAAGGACAGGCGCCUCCUGAGCGGUGUGCCACCGGUACCUACCAGGUUGUUCUGCCAGUCCAUGUGUGGAGGCAGGUCCACAGACAUGUCACCGUCCCACAGAGCUGGGUCCAAGAUUUGCAGCAGCAGUGUGUUGGUACCAGAUGA